AUGAUGGACAGCCCGAACUGGCAGAGUCGGGAGACGGGACGUGUGUCAUGAAGUGGGUUGAGCUGUUGAGCUGCAAAAAAGGAAACGAAUAAGAGGAACAUAAAAGAAACUUCGUCUCAGCUUCUUUCGAUAUAAAGUCAUUUGAACUUACAAGCUGCCGUCUCUGCAUUUUUCUUUGGAAGACACAUUCUUCACAACAGCAUCAGUCAAAGAUCACCAUGGAUACUCCACAUGACCGUGAAUCACUUGAAGAAAUUAGAGACGCUCUAAAAAACAACAAUCCAGCCUUAGCUAUUGCAAAGAUCCAAGAGUAUCUGGACAAGCAGAAUAAAACUCCACUGAAUAUCGCCAUCACAGGAGAGUGCGGCUCUGGUAAAUCCACCUUUGUUAACUCCUUUAGAGGCGUAGACAACAAGGCUGAGGGAGCUGCUCCCACUGGCUGUGUAGAAACCACCUCAGUGGUUACACCAUACGCCCAUCCAAACUAUCCCAAUGUUACACUGUGGGAUCUUCCAGGUGUUGGCACCACCAAGUUUCCAGCUGAUCAGUACCUGAACCAUGUUGGAUUUGAGACAUUUGACUUCUUCAUCAUCAUCUCAGCGACUCGCUUCACAGAAAAUGAUGUGAAACUCGCUCGGGAGAUCAAGAGGAUGGGAAAAAAGUUCUACUUUGUUCGCUCAAAGAUUGACAGUGAUUUAUACAAUGAGAGACGGAGUCAGAGAGAGUUCAAUGAGACAGAGACUAAGGAACUAAUCAGGGACAACUGCAUUCAAGGUCUUCAGGAACAAGGUAUUCAGUCUCCACAGGUCUUCCUGGUGUCCAGCUUUGAGCUCCACCUGCAUGACUUCAGUCUCUUACACGAGACACUGGAGAGAGAACUUCCUGAACACAAGAGGAACGCUCUGCUGUUUGCCAUGCCCAACAUCAGCCAGCAGAUCAUCAACAAGAAGAAAGAGGCUUUCCAUGACAAAAUAAAGUAUGUUGCUACUCUUUCUGCAGCUGCAGCAGCUGUACCAGUUCCUGGACUUUCUAUUGCUGUUGAUGUAGCUCUGCUGGCUGGUGUUGUCACACAGUACAUAUUUGGUUUUGGUCUUGAUAUCCCAUCACUGAAGCGUCUGGCUGGAAACACAGGUGUGCCAUUUAAUGAUUUGAUGUCUGUCAUCACUUCACCACUGGCUGCAACCAAAAUAACCCCUGCUCUUAUCAUCAAGGUGUUAACUCAGGGUGCAAGCACAGCUGCAUUGAUGGUAGCAGAGGAAGGGUCCAGAUUCAUUCCAAUAAUUGGAAUCCCAGCAGCAAUGGCCCUGUCUUUCACCACAACCUACAGAGCUCUAAAUGGUUUUCUCAACAAGCUCGCUGAUGAUGCACAGAAGGUGUUUGAAAAGGCCCUGCGACGUAACACCACAGACUGAUAUUAUAAUAAACAGUUGUACAUUUAAGGGUGCUCCGAUCAGGAUUUUUGGGGCUGAUUACUGUUGUAAGUUAGUAGUUGCGUAGUAAAUUGGCCCAGUUGUUGAAAAAUGCAUGCUAAAGUGCCCUCUUGGUUGGUUAAAACAUGAUAAACUGCCCUCUUGGAAGCCAAAAUGUGCGCUAAAGUGCCCUUCUUUUCGCCCCUCCCCUUCAAAAAGUCUGUGCACACCACUGCCUCUGAAAUAAAACUUGUUGAAAUUAAGACCUGUUUGGCACCCUCAGUAGCUCACCUGUGCAGAGGCACACUAAGGUUGAGUCAUCGGCAGCCACCAGUGUUUGAAUAUCCUUUAUUAUGUCAGGUUUUGUUUUCAAUGUCAAGUUUUAUUUCGAUGUAGAUUUUUUAAUUUUUUUUUUAAUCAGUUUAGCCCCAUAGUAAGACACUGACCCUGUUCUUCCACAUUCUUUCUUAUUUUCAGGUUCAUCAGCCAUUAACUGCUUUAAUGUUUCAUUUAAAUUUAAGAACCUAAGAGUCUUAGACGACCUUCGACUCAGAGAGAGAACCUGAAAUGUGUCCAGAAGUUGAAAAUACAGAAAUUACCCCAGAGAGUCUUGUAGAUCUGUUGUUGUCAGCAAUAAUUCCACAUCCUGUUUCAAACAAGGAACAAUUUGACUUAAUUAGUCAAAGUGUACAUCACUGACCCCAUGAGGUCAUUCAGGAAACACCUAUCCAUUCUGAGAAAUUUCAGCCAAACUGACCUGAAAGUGUAUUAAUUGCAAUAAUUUUGUGUGUUUUUUUUGUUUUUGUUUUAGGUGACGUUGUCCACUUCUGCUGUAAGACACAGUGUUACCCUAGAUGUAUAAAAUGUAUUGGUCCGUCUCAGUGGCUAUUUCUUCAUUGAUUUGUAUUGAUCUUGAUUAUGAUGAUCUGUCUCCUAAUUAUAUCUUGACUAUUUUUUAAUUUGCUCAUUUUGAUUGACCAGCAGUUUCAUUGCUUGAAAUAUUAAAUUUCCAAUUAUAUGAA